UAUUGUACAAGCGGAUUGGUCGCCGUGGAACUAUGGAAUGGCCCCCAAGAUUACCCGAUCUCACACUUUGUGAUUUCAGCAUGUGGAGUGUUAUCAAAGAUCGUGUUUACAAGACGCCAAUCCAAAAUUUGAUCCAUUUAAAAAAGCGAAUCGAGGAAGAAUUCCAAAUUUUGAGCACGGAUUAUUCGUAUCUUUACAACGCCACAAACGCGUAA